AUGAAAAAGACAAUCUCAUUCAUCUCUGGCUCUCGAGAAUGCACCUGCGAAUGCAAUCAAGACUACUUCGGCGACGGAUUUACCAUCUGUCUCCAAAACGAGCCUUGCGCUCGCCACAAUUGCUCCGAAAACGCGCAGUGCAAAAUAUCCCUCGGUGGAGAUCCAACCUGCGAGUGCGUCGAUGGAUACCAUGGCGACGGAUAUCACUGCGUCAAAUUCGACCCCUGCGCUAGCUGCCAUAAAUUUGCGACUUGCAAAAAUAGUCACGUGACAAAUCAAAGCAAACUCAAGGGCGUCACGCUAAGGCUCACCAUCAAAAGCUAA